ACACUUUUAUAUACGGUCACAUUGUAGCAAACAACACAAACAGGAGCUACGGUCACACCGAGCUAAAGUGGAAGGGAAAUAGAAAAUUUUUGACAAAAAAGUGCACACAAUGCAAACCAAAUAGAUUGCACGUAUUAAAUGCCCAAAUACGCGAGGUCACCUACGCUGUCGUAUUAACAAUUGUUGGCUAAAAGUGCAGACGCGCGCGUUGCCUGGAUUAUCGCGGAAAUUGCAGAAUUUUUGGCAGCAACGAGUAGUCUCCCCCGAAUAACAGCGGCCGAACAACGAGCGUUUGGGAAGUAGCGAGUGCCUAGCCAAUGUGGUGCAGCCCCCCGCCAUCCGCCGCCCGCGCACUACCUCCCCGCUAACGCGCAAAAUAUACGCGACUAGUUGUAGUUGUGGGCAGCAGAGAAGCAGCAGCAGAUCAGCUCAGCCUUUGUGUGCAGAUUAGUGGAGAAAAAACAGCAAAACUCCAAUUAGCAGAGCCCAGGAAAGCGGAUCCGGUGUCCUGCAGCGAAUCCCUGGCAGCACUCAAAGAUUCCGGCUGGGAUGCAGAAGCAGCUGCUGCCACCUAACGAGAUUCUGGACGCCUUUUGCACCCACCACACGUAACUAGAGCACUCACACAGACGCGCGCACACACGCAUUCACACACGGGCCAACUGGCGAACGGGCACACUAGCGUGUGGCCAUUGAUGCAGUGCACCCGCUUGCAGGGAUUCGGGAUCGGUAGGUGAAAGGACUGGGACAAAAGUGGAGAUGAUUUGCAAACAGGACGUGCUGCUGUGGUUUGAAAAACUCGAGAGCUACAAUCGGAUCGAAACGAUGUACGCCCUGCUCACCGCCUGCCUGCCAUUCGAGCUGCGUUUCCUCGGCACGCUGCUGGAGGAGCAGGGCCGUUGUGACUCUGAGACGCUACGCGGCAUGGAGUUGCGGGCGAACAACCCGCAUGAGCUGGCCGCUGACAUGGUCAACUGCCAGAAGGGCGACCCCACCGACCGGAAGAUCCGGCGCAAGAUGGCCCUAUAUUUGGCACUGAUCCGCGCCUGCAACCGAAAUUGCGUCAGUGAGAUCUAUCGCACUCUGGAAUGCUGGGGCGAGUGUGAUUUUGGCUGUAUAAACGACCAGGACACGCUGUUGGAGCUGCUGCUGGUAUACACGAUGGCAGCCAUUCACCCAGUUUUCUCAAUGGAGGAGCAGAAAAAAAUCUUUGGAAUACUGGCCAAGAUCAAGGAGAAUAAAAUAGUGGCAGAGCGAUUUGCGCCGCAAAUGCAAUCACAGACGCAAACGCCUUCGACCCAACACCCGCACCCGCCGUCCCCACAUGACCUGAUCCUUCAGCAGCCACCACAUGUGAUCCACCAGAUGUCAGGGCCGCAACAGCCACACCCUCAGCAUCCCCAGAUGGUGCAGGUGUUGCAGACGCCGCAGGGCAACAUCCCCAUGUUUAUUCCCCAGCACUUUCAGAAGAUAAUGCCCAGCUCUGAUGGAACACACCAGAUCAGUGUCGACGGCAUGCCGCAUCUGAUGCAGCCGAACAUCACCAUUCCAGCGGACACGAGUGCCAUCAUCGGUCACCAAAACACAGGGUGGUCGAUGCGCCACUACCUGCCACAACCGCCCCACCAACAGCCAGCUCUGCAACAGCAGCCGCCGCCGAGUCUAGACCAUCAAGUGCCACCGGCCAGCUCGCCCAUGCUGAGCCAGCAGUCCUCGCCCUCGAGCAGUCGCACCACGAGUCCCCAGCGGGAUCGCUCCCUCAUCAACGUUCCACUGCAGGCGCAGCAACAGCAGCCACAUCAGCAGCAGCCGAUGAGGAGUAUGUCGCAGAGACUGACGGGUCAGAAAAAUGCGCGACGUCCUUCGGCGGAGACAACGCCACCGCCCACCUCAAUUGGCGGCGAGCAGCAGCACGAUAGUAUCAACGAAGGCGGAAGCAGCAAUUCCAGCGGAACCAGCUUGCACAGUCUCAUCCGCAACGGUUUUCCGCGUCCAGGACAUCACCAUCGAGUCAAGGCGAACACGUUUAUACCACAGCACCAGCAGCAACAACACUUUCAGACAACCAACUACAACAUGAACGUUAUGAUGCAAAGUAUGAACGUUAACGACGAUGGCAGCGGAUCGAUGAUGGGCAUGAACUCCACCAAGAAUACAGCGACCACAGGCAGUGAAUCGGGCAGUUCGAAUGGAUCUUGUGGUGAUCUGUCGCCUUCGGAGACGCCGACACCCACUCAACUUACACUGCCAUUGCACAGUUCGGUAGAUGCGGGCAUGGGCAUAAUCACCACGGUGCUCCCACCCGCCUUAGGCAACUAUCAGCCGAAGCAACACCACCUCAGCUACAAGCAACAGCAGCAGCUUAACUUGCAACAGCGGCUAAACGGGCGCAAUGGUAUGGAUAAGAGCUACCAAGUCUAUACAACGGGAACGCCAAGUAUCGUCAGCGAUGCGCAGACCAUCAGUAGCGGCACCCUCCAGCAGCAACCUCAAACUCUGCUCAUUAGCCAGUCGCCGGUAAGCACACCCACGACAACUGUACUCCUGCAGCCGCAACAGCCACCGCCAGCAGCCUACAAUACGAGCUAUCCAUAUCACCAGCGAGGACCUCCGCCGCCACAGCAGACGAUAUUCCAGGCGCACAGUGCUCCGCCGCCGCAGACGGUACGUGGUGGCUUCCGUUAUCCAAUGGGUCCACCACACAACGGUGAGCUCAUCUACCCGACCUUCCACACCAGCCUGGCCUUCCUGCCAAUGACGGCAGGCGGUACUCCCACGGCAGUUACGCCACCCCAGCUCCAGAACACUGCAGCCGUGGUCAGCACGAACGCAGUGCCUGUGCAGACAGUACCCACGCCACAACAACAACAGGUUCCCAGCACGACGCCCUACAGCGCGCUCACCGUCUGUCCCAUAACGGGAGCGGGUGGUGGUGGGAAUGCGCCGAAGGUGAUAUCUUGCUACAACUGCGGAUCCCAGACCCACAGCGGGCGGGAGUGCCAGGAAGCAUCGAUGGAAGAUGUGACGCGAAGCGCCAGCUACAAGUUGGACUACUCGGAAACAAACAUGGAUGCAAACUCCAUGGGCGACCAUCACAAGGAUGUUGGUGGCAUGCAGAUCAAUUCAGCGACGACUGCGGGAACGGUGACCAGUACGGGGAAAUAAUACGGAGGGUCCAUAUAUUCACGUACAUAUAUGGAAAUAUAAUUACUGCUAUAUUAAUGAUUAUGCAUAAUCCUUACCUACUUAUACGAUUUAACAUUUAUUAUGAUUGUGUAGUGCGGAAAUCAAAUUUCUCGCCUUUGCCACGUCUCUUAGUUCUGUAAGCCUCUCAAUUCGUGUUAAUUCGAUUCGAAGAUCGGCAGGCGGCUGCCUAAGUCUUGACAAACCUUAUCCGUAAAUAAGAAUGAUUUAGAUGCGCCCUGCCCUGCCACUAUCCAAACACCCUUAACACCCACAUACACAUAGUCGAUAACGAAUUUUAGUCAUAUGCCACUCUAAAUAUUUCUAAUGUUAAGUUGAAUGUACAACAGCAAUAAGUAAUUAUCCUAAUCCGCGUUCCGUACACUCACUCACACGGGCAAAUGUUACAAAUGCCACGAUCGAAUUAAGCUAAAGAACCAUUACGUAAGCCAUUACGCGACCACGACGGGCGUAACCAAACCGAAAACGUAACGAAGGAGAUGAAGUAACCUAGGAAAACAGAACACACGUAACAUACGGAAUGAAUACCUAGCAAAUAUAUAAAAAUUGAUUAUGUGUAUAAACAAAUGAGCGUAGCAGCACAAUGUGCAUAGUUAACCGACUUAUUUUUUUUUUCAAGGAAGCCUUUUGAUUUCUUACCAUCCAUCCUGUACUCUAGUUACUCCUUCAUCUAUUUAUUUGCUGCUCCUUUGUUUAAACAUGUAUUUUAGCAAUGUUUUUUGUACUUUAUAUAAAUACCUACAUACUUAUAUACAUAUAUAUAUAUAAAAUAUUUUAUUUUAAAGCAAACAACCGUAUAUGAUACACUCUUAUGUGGAUAGGGCGUAUAUUAUUGCUAAGCACUCUGUCUAAUUAUUAUUUUAUGUACUCACAACUUGACCCCAAUUGGGCAACUGUAUAUGUAUGAACUGGCCAAGUUAUAGAAAAUAACCGUUAAGGUCAUGCCAAAACCCGCCCACGGUUGACCACAAAAUACAAUUGCCUGCCCUUAGUUUCUUAUGUAUAGACGUUGUUAAAAUUUUGUAAAGUCAGCAGACGAACUGCAAGACAAUGAAAAGAGAAGCAAAUGAUUUACAUGAAAUACACACUUUUCUGAGUUUGCUGCUAAUGCGUAGGCAUGACAAACAAUUAUUAUAUUUCAUUGAAAUAAUAAAAACAAAUUGUUUCUAAAAUUCGAGUAACAAACACAAA